AUACUUGUUUUCAUCUCCUACCAUUUUAUAACUCUACUCCUCUCUUUGGCGCUGAUAUGUGUAAGAACAUAGAUCGAAUUUUCCAUGUAAGAAAAAGAUGGAUGAAGAGUAUGAUGUUAUUGUGCUUGGCACUGGCCUCAAGGAAUGUAUCCUCAGUGGUCUUCUCUCUGUUGAUGGUCUUAAGGUCCUGCACAUGGACAGGAAUGACUACUAUGGAGGAGAAUCGACAUCUCUCAAUCUUGUCCAGCUCUGGAAGAGGUUCAGGGGAAGUGACAAGCCUCCAACUCAAUUGGGUUCUAGCAGAGAUUAUAAUGUUGACAUGAUACCUAAGUUCAUUAUGGCUAAUGAUGCACUUGUACGAGUUCUAAUCCACACCGAUGUCACAAAAUAUUUAUACUUCAAAGCUGUUGAUGGCAGCUUUGUGUAUAAUAAAGGAAAGGUCCACAAGGUGCCUGCCACUGAUAUGGAGGCACUUAAAUCUCCUUUAAUGGGCAUUUUUGAGAAACGCCGUGCUCGGAAGUUCAUCAUCUAUGUUCAGGAUUAUAAGGAGAGUGAUCCAAAGACACAUGAGGGGCUGGAUCUAACAAGAGUGACAGCAAGAGAGCUUAUCACAAAAUAUGGUCUUGAUGAAAACACUGUGGACUUCAUUGGUCAUGCAUUGGCAUUACACAGAGAUGACCGUUACUUAGACAAACCUGCACUGGAUACAGUGAAGAGGAUGAAGCUGUAUGCUGAGUCUCUUGCACGUUUUCAAGGAGGAUCACCAUAUAUCUACCCUUUAUAUGGAUUAGGAGAGCUUCCCCAGGCAUUUGCUCGACUUAGUGCUGUGUAUGGUGGGACCUAUAUGCUGAACAAACCUGAAUGCAAGGUAGAGUUUGAUGAAGAAGGAAAGGUCUGUGGUGUCACUUCAGAAGGAGAGACAGCUAAGUGCAAGAAAGUUGUAUGUGAUCCUUCUUACUUGACCAACAAGGUUAGAAAGGUUGGAAAAGUUGCAAGAGCUAUUGCUAUUAUGAGCCACCCAAUUCCAAAUACCAAUGAUUCUCACUCAGUGCAAAUUAUUUUACCCCAAAAACAAUUGGGCCGUAAGUCUGAUUUGUACCUGUUCUGUUGUUCUUACACUCAUAAUGUUGCUCCAAAGGGUAAAUUUAUUGCAUUUGUCUCAACAGAGGCAGAAACUGAUAAUCCGGAGAGUGAACUGAAGCCUGGCAUUGAUCUUCUAGGACAAGUGGAUGAGAUCUUCUUUGAAGCAUACGACAGAUUUGAACCUGUCAAUGAGCCCUCUUUAGAUAAUUGUUUUAUUUCUACUAGCUAUGAUGCUACUACUCACUUUGAGUCGACUGUUGAUGAUGUCCUCAAUAUGUAUACGUUGAUAACUGGAAAGGUUCUGGACCUCAAUGUGGAUUUAAGUGCUGCGAGUGCCGCUGAAGAAUGAGAUGGUCUCUUCUUCCUGUGUACUUCUAUGUACUUUUCUUUGGUUUAUUCCUUCAUAUGUCACAAAAUUGCGGUAGAUUUUAAAGUAGAAAUGGGCUAAUUGUAUUGUUCUCUCUACUCUGAGUUGACAGUUAUUGCCCUUUCUUAUAAAAAUAUGUUUUGUAAUGCACGAUGAAAUAAUGAUGUUUGCUGAAGUUGUUAAUAUGUAUACUGUGGGUUAU